AUGUCUCUACUCACCAAUUAUGAGGGGCUUCGGCAUCAAAUCGAGAAGCUGGUGCGGGAAAAUGAGGAACUAAAGAAGCUGGUGCGUCUCAUUUGUGAGAAUCACGAGCUCAAGUCAGCCAUCAAGACACAAGCGGGAAGCCUGGGCAUCGGCGGGUUCACCGGCAGGCUUGGUGAGGUGGCAGCCGGCCCUUCUCAGUGCCAUGGUGUCUUCCUGCCCCCAUCUCUGACAGCAACAAAUGAGCCCGUCCUGGAAGAAGUGGGGAUUGUAGCCCUGGCGCCCCUGGCCGACAUGCUAAACAGCCCACAGCCCAUUCCCCCAGCAGGCUCCAUCAUGAGCCCCCUGACGGGCCCUCUCAAUGCACUGCUGCCCUGCCCAGGGUCCAUGUCACAGAACAGCCAACUCACCAGCCACCUGACCAGCCCCAUGUCAGUGCCCACGGCGGGCACACUGGCCAGCUCCCUGGACCUGCCUUCCACUGGCCCCCUGGUUCCAAAUAGCCACCUGACCAGCCCCAUCUCCCUGGGCCUGCCUUCCACUGGCCCCCUGACUGCAAAUAGCCCGCUGGCAGGCCCCCUGGCCAUAUCUCUGGGCAGCCCCCUGCUCACCUCCAUGGCGGCCCCGCUAGGCGUCUCUCAGAACCUGGCCAACCCCAUGAGAAAUCUGGUGCCAUCAGAGGCCCCGAGGGCACAGCUGGCACAGCCACUCCGCGGAUGCCCCUCUGGACCCCAUCCCUCAGCUGAUGGGAGACCUGCUGGCACCUCCAAAGUACCACUCUCCACCGAGCACCCCCAGCCGACUCUGGACCAGGAGCCCCUCAGCGUGACAUUUGUGGGUGCUCCCAUCCAGACCUCCACUCCUGUGGGCACAGUGGGCAUGGCCGGCCCUACGACAGCCUUCUCCUAUGGCACCUCAGACACCCAAACGCAGCCUGGUGCCCCCCAGGGACAAGCGGUUAUUGCCUCUGUCCCCACCUCCUCAACUGCUACCCGCACCGUCACAGUCCUCCCCUCUGCCCCCACUCCCACCCCCCAAGCUGCUACCAACUACACUUCAAGUACCACCCACAUUGCUCAGCGCAACCCCCACUCCCCCACCCGGGCACACCACUCCCCCACCAGGCCCUCGCCCACCUCCCACUCCCCUCCACGCAAUCCCCACUCCCCGCCUCGAACCUCCUCCUCCCCGGCCUCUGUCAACGACCCCCGGGGCCCACGGGGCACUGAAACAUCUCGGAAAAGCAUUCUGGAUUUGGAGCGGAAGCUGGCUCACCGCAAGACCAGCAAGUUCCCGGACAGCCACCGAGAGCCUAAGCCGCUGGCUUGGGAGCGGCUGGUGGGGGAGAUUGCCUUCCAGCUGGACCGCAGGAUCCUAUCCAGCAUCUUUCCCGAGCGCGUGCGCCUCUACGGCUUCACCGUCUCCAACAUUCCCGAGAAGAUCAUCCAGGCCUCCCUGAACCCCAGCAACCACAAGCUGGAUGAGGAGUUGUGCCAGGAGCUCACACAGCGCUACGUGAGCAUAAUGAACCGGCUGCAGAGCCUGGGCUACAACGGGCGGCUGCACCCGGCACUGACAGAGCAGCUGGUGAACGCCUACGGCAUCCUGCGCGAGCGGCCAGAGCUGGCUGCCUCGGAAGGCGGCUCCUACUCCCUGGAGUUCCUGCAGCGCGUGCUGGUGGAGACCAUGCACCCCAGCAUGCUCACAGACGGGCUGCUGCUGCUCUCCUGCCUCAGCCAGCUGGCACACGAUGAUGGCAAGCCCAUGUUCAUCUGGUGACAGACGGGAGGGGGGGGGCCCAGGCCAGCUCUGCCCCCUCCCUGGUGCAUGUCCAUUAAAGCUUCCCACGGAUGCUGGCCCCUGGGCCCACCGGCACUCCUGGCUGUGCUGCCUUGUGGGGGGCUUGCCUGUGUCCCCUCCCCUGCACCCCUGGGACAGCUCUUAUCCAGGGGGUGUUUUGGAGGCUCCAAGGCUGCCUUCCCCUGGCAAUGGGAGCAGCCGGAGCCCCUGAGACAUGGAGGGGAGAGAGCAGGGAGUGGGAAGGAACCUAGC